CUUUCUCCACUAGUCGUGUGCAGACAACUCCUUUGGUUGUCUCGAGUUUAGUGCUUAUUAUUUGAUUUUGAUUUGAAAAUUUAGUUUACAGUGAAUUGUCCUUUAAGCAUGUACGGUGUAAAGGAGUUAUAUGCAGUGCUGCUGCUAACAACUAUUUGUAGUUUCGAAUUUGGUGAUACGGUGAUUGUGCCGGCGCUAACGAUUAAUUCGGCUGAAUGGAAAAGUUAUGUUAGCACAUAUGGAAAAACAUACACCACCAUUCCAGAAUCAUAUGCGGUUUUCUAUUAUAACUACAAUAACAGAUUGAUAACUGCGCACAAUUUGCAAGCGGAUCGGAAUCCAAAUACGGUCACAUACAGAUUAGGUGUAAAUCAAUUUACCGACAUGCGUUUUAUACAUUUCAAAGCAUUGUUCCCCAAAACCACUCUACCAACAACGGCCCCUUCAGCAACAACACCGCCUACAGUGCAAACUGCCGCAGCGUCAUUCGAUAUUAUAACAGAACUACAAUUAACCAUAACCGUAGAAGAUCAGGGUACAGUUUGUAAUAGCGGUUGGGCCUAUGCUACAGCCAAAGCCGUUGAAAUAUAUGCUGCAAGUUUAAUGGUGUCUACAGAACGGCUUUCUGCGCAAAAUUUAAUCGAUUGCGCCGGCUCUGGCAUCGGUUGUACAAGACAAGUAGCGCAAACCGCUUUCGAAUACCUUGUCGGCUAUGCCCAACCAUUGCAUUCUGUAACAGAUUAUCCAGAUAAUAACAAGCUAGCGACCCAAGGCAUGUGUGUAACACCCACAUCAACGACAUCUACACCCGUAACUUUGGCUUCGUAUUCGCGUGUUGAUAAUCCCGAUGAUGAUAUGAUUAUGCAGUAUGUAUCAGCUCUAUUCCCCGUAGUCAUUGAAUACGAUCCGACUUCUUUUGACUUUAUGGAGUAUAAGUCGGGCAUUUUCCAACAGCCACACACAAAAGGCGGUUCCCAUUAUAUGGUAGUUGUGGGCUACGGCACGGACACAACUACAAAUCUAAAUUACUGGUUGGUGCUCAAUUCAUUUGGCACUACUUGGGGUGAAGACGGCUACAUUCGUAUAAUACGCCAGUCAAAUAAGCCAUUAACUACGGUGGCCCUCUUCCCAACUUCAUUCGGACCAUAAAAGAAACGAGCUAAGACAACUUUUUAGAUUAAUAUUUAAGCAAUAUAUUUAUAAUAUUAAAUAAAUGAACUGUUAUCAUAAAAACUUU